ACCAUUAUUUUUUUGCUCAAGUCUCCCUCUUUUUUCUAUAAAGUUUUGACUUUACACUCAAAGAUUGAAUCUUUUUUUCUUGCUAAAGCCAUGGCAGAUUUUGAUGAAGAACAAAUAUUGUGGUCAUGUGAGAAGGAAAAUGAAGAUUCAAGCCCUACACAAAGGAUGGUCAAACGAGUUAGCAACUCAACCAAGGUAGUGAGUCAACAACAAUCAUCAGCACCAGUGAGUAUCCCUGAUUGGUCUAAGAUAUAUGGCAAGCACCAUGCAAACAAAGAUGAUGAUAAUUAUGUUAUGGAUGAUGGUAUGGUUUAUGAUGGUGAUGAUGAUGAUGAGAUGGUGCCACCACAUGAAUGGUUAGCUAAGAAGCUAGCAAGGUCUCAAAUUUCUUCUUUUUCAGUAUGUGAAGGUGUGGGAAGGAAACUUAAAGGUAGAGAUCUCAGCAAAGUGAGGAAUGCAGUGUUGACAAAAACAGGCUUCCUUGAGUAAAAUUAAUGUCAUUUACACACACAUAGUGAAAUCAUCAAUAGUUUCAUUUGCAUUAUACAAACAUUUCAUAUAAUAUGCUAUAAUCACCAUCAUCAUCGUCGUCGUCGUCAUUCAUCAUCAUCUUUGUUGUUCUUUUGGGUCCCAUAAUGGGACUCUUCUUUUGCUUUUUAUCAACUUUUUUACCCAUAUUACUAUCAUGUUGUAGGCCAUGUAGUGAACUUGGAAGAACUAUAAAAUUAGUCUGCUUCUUCUUUUUUUUUUCUUUUUCCUUUAAGCUAAGAGGAAGAAGGUUGGUGUUAGAUUUUGCUUAUAUCGUUAAAGUUGCGGAUUUAAUUUUUGUACUUUUUGAAUUGGUCAAUUUUAGGCUUAACCCAAGCAGUAAUAUUUAAUUUUGUUUCGUUAAAUUCAA